GCCCCAAUUUUAGUUGACGCUGUCGAAUCCGGUGGCCAUAAACUCCUUCGCUUUUCGCGAAGCCGCAUCGACCCUCUUCCUCUCCCUCCCUCCCUCCCUCCCUCCCUCUCUUUAUCAUUUCUAAAUCCAUCUACUGUUAAUAAUAAAUUUCUAUUUUGCUCUGAUUUAUAUUUUUCUGAUGAAUGAAUCCCUAGAUAUCCCGGCAAGAUCUGCUCUCUCCGGCGGAUUUUUUCCUGUCGGCGAUUGGAGAUGGAUGGGAUAAGGAUCGAAUCCGGUUCUUCGGUAAGGGACAUCGUCGAACCUGAGUUUGUUUGCGAGAAAUGGUCGAUCCAUUUGUUGUAAGCCACGUCCGAUCCAAAAUCUGGUUUAGGAAAAGGAAAAAAUUUAUAUUUGUAAUUUCAAUUUUCUGUAUUAUAACAAGUGUUUUAAUUUCCCUGAAUUUAUAAUUCUGUAUUAUACUACGGGCUCUCUGGUCAUUGUACAGUUAGGGAUUUGCCUUUAUUAUUAUUUUUUUUGUGAUUUUCUUUUUCUCAGUUUGUAUAGUUAGGGUUUUAGAUUUUGAGUGGAUUGGAUUGGAAGGGAAGAGAGAAGACAAGAGAAGGGGAAUUCAUUCAAUAUUUCAUCUAUUAUUGGUCUUAUUUUUGAUCUCGAAAGUGGCGAAGAUGAGUUUGAGCACUGCCGAUGAAGAUUCGGCACCGGAGAUCCAUCUUCCGGCAGAUAUCGAUUGGCAAAUGCUAGACAAAUCCAAAUUCUUCUUUUUGGGCGCCGCUCUCUUUUCCGGCGUCUCGGGCGCACUGUACCCUGUUGUGGUGCUCAAGACUCGGCAACAGGUCUCGCAAACACAGAUUCCUUGUAUCAGAAUAGCCUUCUCCAUCCUGCGCCACGAAGGUUACCGAGGCCUAUAUAGGGGCUUCGGCACAUCGCUGAUGGGCACAAUCCCCGCUCGGGCUCUCUACAUGACAGCGCUUGAGGUCACGAAGAGCAACGUUGGAACCGCCACCGUCCGUUUGGGAUUUCCGGAGCCAACAGCCGCAGCAAUUGCCAACGCUGCCGCAGGCCUCAGUGCAGCCAUGGCGGCACAGCUCGUUUGGACCCCGAUCGAUGUCGUGAGCCAAAGACUCAUGGUUCAGAGCAGCAGCAGCGUCAGCAGCAAUCCCAGCAAUCCCAAUGUAUCAUCUUGUAAAUACCGGGGUGGAAUUGAUGCGUUUCGGAAAAUUCUGACGGCCGACGGGCUCCGAGGCCUGUACAGGGGAUUCGGGAUAUCGAUAUUAACCUACGCACCCUCGAAUGCCGUCUGGUGGGCAUCGUAUUCCGUUGCUCAGAGACUCAUCUGGGGUGGAAUUGGUUGCUAUUUCUAUAAAAAAGACGAGGAGAAUAGAGAGGGUAUGGGCAGCGGCAACGGUGGCAUCUUCCGGCCUGAUACGAAGACAGUGGUGGCAGUUCAGGGGGUAAGCGCAGCCAUGGCAGGCGGCGUCUCUGCGUUAAUCACAAUGCCUCUUGAUACCAUCAAGACGAGACUACAGGUCUUGGAUGCAGAGGAGAACGGUUGCCGCCGACCCCUCACGGUUGGACAGACGAUAAGGAAUUUGGUUAAAGAAGGUGGAUGGACUGCCUGUUACAGGGGAUUAGGCCCAAGGUGGGCUUCCAUGUCCAUGUCUGCAACCACCAUGAUCACCACUUACGAAUUUCUUAAACGGCUUUCAGCCAAGAAUCAAGAGAACCUGACAUGAUCAAUCGAACCAAAGAAAAGAAAAAAAGAAGGAAAUGUUAUAUUUUGUUUUUCUUCUUUUAUUACCUUUUUCCUCGUCUAAUGUUUUUUUUUUUUCAUUUUCUUUAUGUGGCUCUGUUGGUUUUCUUUGCCUGCCUGCCCAGAGGCCUGAUUUAUGUAAGCGAAGUUAAUGCAGGAUAUCUCCAUGUAACAGUCUUCGCAACUUGUUGUUCACUUCUAUCUCUCUUUCUUUUCAGAUUUUUAGUAGGGACGAGGAAAAGUUUGUUUCACAGUGACGGUGGAAUGUGGAUGGUGGGGGAUAAAAGGAAACUUCAGUUCAGUCAGAACUGAUUUUAGGGUUUUAUGAAGUUGCUUGGUUUUUCCAACCA